AUGGGAUUGCUCUCUCGGUGGAAGGUCAAAGGCGACACUCGCACCUCCGCUGCUGCCGCGAAGCCGGUGAGCUCGGCUUCGGCGGCUGAGGAGGGGCCGGUGGCGAUGAAUGGGGCAGUGGAGGCGCGCCGGCGAGAAUCUGAUCCCACAGUCUUCGAGUUCGGCCCGUUGGCGGUGGCACCGGGUGACGAAUUCACCUUGGCAGGGUACUGCACCGUGUCCGACCGGCUCGAGCCGUGUCGGUGGGCGAUCGUCUCGGCCACAGCCACCACCGCCGCUGCCCAUGCUCCUCGCUUCCGUAUUACUUUCUAG